CCAAAAGCCAAGCCGUGCCGUGCCGUGCCAAGCCCAAGCAAUGUAAAUGGCAUGCAAAUCGACUCGUCUCCGAACACAUUUGUCCAUUUACCUAUUUUUACCACCCCUGAAACAUCACCAAAUACAUGAUUUUUUUUUUUUUUGAAAAAAAAAUAAAAAACAUCACCAAAUACAUGAAUUUUAAUACCACAUAAUUCAUUUUUAGAAAAUUGCUUUCAAAAAAUAAUUUUACUACAAGUAUAUGAGAUUAUGGUUAAUGUAAAAGACCACAAUACCCUUACAAAACCAAAAAAUAACUUGAUAGAAAUAUAAAAAAAAAAAAAAUGGGGGGAAAUUACAAAAACAAAUGACUUGGGGAGAGGUUUUACCUCAUUUUAUUUUCCACAUUUAAAUUUUUAUUUCAUCAGCCAAUCAACAAAAAUUUUGGACAGGUGUCAACGUGUCAUUACCCCUCCUUUCAUCCAGAAAGGCAAAAACCUAGGGAUCUUCACUAUAAAUACAGUACAACCCAUUUAUCACUCCCUCUAAAACUCACAGUUUCCAUAAUUUCACUACAAAGUUUCUUCAAAAAUGCAGAUAUUUGCGAAAACACUCACUGGUAAUACUACCACCCUUGAGGUCGAACCCAGCGACUCCAUUACCACUCUCAAGUCCAAGAUCCACCUUAAACAAGGAAUAAUUCCAGAGCAGCAGCGCCUGAUUUUCGGUGGGAAACAGCUUCAAGAUGACCGUACUAUUGCUGACUACAACAUUCUCAAAGAAUCAACACUUCACUUGCUGCUGAGGUUGAGGGGAGGAGGCUACGGAAACUUCCACAAAUUCAACCCGAGUAUGGUGGUGUUGGCUCGUCAGUAUAAUCAAGACAAGAAGAUUUGCCGCAAGUGCUAUGCUCGUCUGCCAUUGAGGGCUACAAACUGUCGCAAGAAGAAGUGUGGACACUCCAAUGAGCUGAGGGCUAAGAAGGUUUUCUUAGCAAAGGGAGCCAAUCGGGUCACUUGAAUGAAGAAGGGCAAUGGUUGCUGCGACUUUGGUUGAGUUUUUAGCAUAAUAGUAAUGAAGUUUUACUAGAGGACACUACUACUAAUACUCUGGUUUAAACCUAAUUUCUGUAGAAGUAUGAAAACUGUUUUAGUUUUGGUGAAGUUUAUGGCAUCAAACAUUAUAAUAUCAUGUUGCUAUAUCAAUACUACUACUAUUAUGGUUUAAUUA